AUGAAUUUUGAGCAGCUCUUGGCCACCGUGGGAGGCUUCGGCCGGUACCAGAAGACCCUGUACGUGUGGAUUUGUCUCCCGCAGAUCCUGCUGGCCUUUCACAUGAUGGCGAGUGUGUUCACGGGCGCCACGCCACCGCACCAGUGCCGGAGCGCGAGACCCGGAGUGCCGUACAGGAACCUGACGCGCGCGCACAAGCUCGAGCUCCAGCUCGCGAACUUUAGCGAACUGCUCUCCGCAGGCCACGUGGACUCGUGUAGCGUGAAUUCAGCCGAGAACCAGAGUGUCCGCUUAGGGUGUGAGGGAGGGUGGGUGUACAACCACGACGUGUUCGAGACCACCACCGUCACCGAGUGGGAUCUUGUGUGUGAGAAGUCUAGUCUAAACAGCAUUGGUUCCUCCAUCUAUAUGCUUGGCUUACUGGUUGGAGCUGUUGUGUUUGGAGCUAUGGCUGACAGAUAUGGCAGGAGGUUUGCCUUGCUAUUGUCUCUUGCCUUUCAGACAGUAUUUGGUGUGACUGCUGCCUUCUCUCCAAACUUCCUGGUGUAUGUGAUUCUGCGCUUUCUCAUAGGAACCACCAUCUCCGGCGUCAUCAUCAAUGCUUUUGUGCUGGGCACUGAAUGGACGUCCACAAAGAGGCGCAUGCUGGCCGGAAUCUUCACUGAUUAUUUCUUUGGAUUUGGCUACAUGCUGCUGGCAGGCGUCGCUUACCUCAUUCGAGACUGGAGGAAGCUGCAGCUCGCUAUUUCAGUUCCAGGAUUUCUUUUUAUUUUCUACAUCUGGGUUCUUCCUCAUUCAGCCCGUUGGCUGCUGGUAAAUGACAGAAAAGAGGAGGCUCUCGUUCUUCUGCGCAAAGCAGCUAUGGUCAAUGGUCGUCCCUUCCCUACUACAGUGCAGGUGGACAUGUGUGAUGCGAUGCAGGGGCGGGGUCAGCACUCUGCUGCAGAUCUCCUCCGUACUCCACAGAUGAGGAAGAGAGCCCUCAUCCUCUUCUACAUCUGGUUUGUGAAUGUGUUGGUGUAUUAUGGUCUGUCUCUGGGUGUAUCUGAUCUGGGCACAAAUCUUUACCUGACUCAGUUUUUGUUUGGACUGGUGGAGAUUCCUGCAAGGUCACUGGUGUUGAUCCUCCUGCCCUGCAGCCGGCGACUCCCACUGAGUGUUUUCCUCUUGAUCGGGGGCGGAGCGUGCCUCCUCAUGCUCGCUGUCCCAGCAGAUCUUCUUAAUAUACAGACUGCUCUGGCUAUGACUGGAAAAUUUGGAAUCACAGCUUCUUUUGCUAUCAUCUACAUUUAUUCAGCUGAGCUGUUCCCAACUGUGCUCAGACAGACAGGCAUUGGUGUGUCCUCCAUGUUUGCGCGAAUGGGUGGAGUUUUAGCUCCAAUGAUAAAUCUGCUUGGAAGGCAAAACCCGGUUGUGCCGGUGCUGAUAUUUGGCUCCACCCCCCUUUUGGGUGCAGCUCUUGCUUUGGCCUUGCCUGAGACAGCCAAUAAACCACUGCCAGAUACCAUUCAAGAUGCAGAACGGUUUACUAUCCAGAAAUAUGACCGGGAUCUCCCUGCAGACUCCAUCCAGUCACCAGGCAGCACAGAGGGCCAAGAGCUGCAGCGCCUAACAAACGAGUCUCCAUAGACACACAUACAGGUGCUUGCAUGCAAAAACACACAAAAACAACCAGGAAAGACUUCCCACAUAUCAGUAAUGGUAUGAGUCUGUGAAUCUGCAGGUGGACUGGACUUCUUCAAAAAUUAUCAAAUGUUUGAAAAUGUUGAAUUUUGUACUGGAUUUUUAAUAAGUUAGUUUUUGGUCAGAACGUUUUAUAGUUUCACACAGAGAAAAGCAGCUGUGUCACCAAAGGUUUUAAACGAUAGGUGGCAAUGGCUCAGGAAACGGCGUGUCUACUCUUUUCAUCCACACUGUUAAUCAAACCAAUCUAUGCAACAGGAAGACCUUUCACUCGUAAAAUCUUAUACAUACACUUUAGUUAGCAGACUAAGCAGAGUCAGUGUCAGUAUCAUCUGUGAUUUUUUUAUAUUGAUCAUAAACUAGAUGUGUUCUUUGUGAAAUCAUUUUGCAUGUCUGUAACUGUAACUGCUACUACUAUGUUUAAAAUGUAUAUUUUAACAUCGACAUUAUAUAGUCAUGACUAAGUUAACUGUAGAUGUAUUUGAUUUUGGGGAAGAGGGUACAUUUUCCUUUGUGGGCAGGUUUCUCACAACAACAAGUGGUGAGGUUCCUGCCUUUUAAGUACAGAUGUGAAGGGCCCGUAUCAUAGAAAACCACAUUUACCUCACGUUUUUUACAUAAUAAAAGUUGCUGUAGUAUGUAUAUUUAAACACUGUUAACAUUUUAAAACGUACUACUCAGUCCAUGCAGUGUAUAUAUGGCAUGUUUUAAAUCUAUAUGUGAAACCAACUUAUUUACUUACAGUACAGUGCCAAACUUUAAGGCAUGUGAGAAAAUCAAACUAACAGAGCUAUUUGUCUGGUCAGCAAGUGUUUAGUUGCUCAGAAAAAUACUAAUAUUAGAAUAAAUACAAAUGUCAUUAAUACCAUAAGAAGUG